UAAUCCAUUAUUGAAGGCAUGUUGAUGCUCAAUUUUUGCGACUUUUCCGAUUACACACUGAAUUAACUGUUUAUAUGCCGUGUGGGGCGCACAAUCAUAGCUUUUCUCACUUACUGAUGAGGUGAUAGUGCCGUAGGUUGCUUUCAACUUUCCGCAAGAUGGCGAAUCGAUCAAUGUGGUGACGAUUGCGUGCCCGGUUUCCCGAAUCGAACCCGAUUUCGCACCGAAAUCCACCCGAUGAAAAGUGCCCUCGUGUGAUGCGUGGCGACGUGUCACGGGAAUUGUGGGCACUGGAAGGAACUGUCAGUGCGUGAGAAAACAAAAACAAAAAGUGCGUAAAUCUGUGAAAAAUGUUCGGAUACAAUCCAACUGACUAUGAGAUUCGGGCUGAAUUGGCGACAUGCUGCAAUGGGAUAGCGUCUGUCUAUCUCGCCAAGCACACUUCUGGCCAAUUGGUGGCCAUGAAGAAGUUCCGAAUGGACAAGGCGAAGGAAGAAAGUGCUGCUAUUCGAGUGAGUUGCUGCUUUUCCUCCUUUUUUCCUGCACUUUAUCAAGUGGUUUUGGAUGUUUUCCUCCACAGGAUGAGAUACUGAUAAUGCGACAGUUCAAUCAUCCCAACAUAUUGUCCUUCUUCACGGCGUUUGUGGACAAUUUUGAUGUUUUUGUGAUCGCUCCUUUCAUACCCUUCGGCUCCUGCAGGGACACAAUGACGAAUUCCUGCGUCACAGGUUUUCCCGAAAUUGUGGUUGUCCUCAUCGUCAAGGACAUUCUCCAUGGCUUGGAGUAUUUGCACAAGAAGGGCUUCAUUCAUCGUGCCAUUCGCGCAAGUCAUAUCCUUCUGAGUCACGACAGGGCGGUGAUAACGGGCUUCCGGCAGGCGAUAAGUCUCCUGUCGCACGGUGAGCGCGUGCGAAGUCUGCACAAUCUGCCCGGGAAUGCCACGAAGGGGCUCAAUUGGCUGGCACCUGAGCUGCUGGAGCAGAAUCUGCUUGGCUACACGGAGAAGUCUGACAUCUACAGCGUUGGCAUUGCCACAUGCGAGCUGUGCAACGGCAUCGAACCCUUCGCCAACAUGCCCACGACUUAUAUGCUCACCGAGAAGAUCCGUGGCAAUCAGCCCACACUCCUGGACUUCUCCACGCUGCCGUCAGAGGAGAUGAUUGUCCAGGGAGUGGAUCCGACGGACACUUUCAUGGCGCAGGCGAGGAAAAUCUACAGUCAGAAGAAGUUGUCGGACAACAUUCACAAAUUCGCCGAAGUCUGCAUGCAGAGGCAACCUGGCGACAGGCCAAGCGUGUGUCAGCUCUUCAAUCAUCCCGUGUUCAAGCAGACCAAGCACACCACACUCAGUGAGCAAUUGACCAAUUUUAGCAUUCAGGCUGUGGACUAUUCGCGACACUGUGAUGAGAAUCUGAAGCUGGUGCAGGACCUCUCGGACAUGAAUCUCAGCACUGGGAGUGCCUUCGAGUGGGAUUUCUGAUACGACAA